AUGACAUUUUUACAAUCCAGAAAUGAAUUUUUAGAAUAUAGUAUUUAUUUUGAAAAUGUAUAUAAAGAAAAUACAAUUAAAGAAUUAAUCAAUUGUUAUAAAAUAUUUAUAGAGAAAUCAUUUGCAGAAAAUAGUUUUUUUAAUAAAACGAAUCAAGUAAAAUUAAAUCUAAAAUUUAAUGAUUCAAUUAUUGAUAAUUUAAAAAUAAUAAAUUCAUUAUCAACAAACCAAGAAAAAGUACAUCAACUCUUAAAAAUUAUAAUUAAAACUCAUUCACAACAUUUAAAAAGGGGUGUUUAUUAUAAUUAUUUAAAAGAAUAUAAUGAAGAAUUUUUAGAGCCAAUAGGUGAAGAUAAUUUAAUUAACAAAUUUGCAGAUUCAUUUUGGUGUGAUUUAUCAGUUUAUUCUCAAAACUAUUUAUGUUUAAAAGGAAUAAAAUUAAUUGUAGAGAAUGAUAUACAAAUUUUACCUUUACAUUUUGGUAUAGAUAAAAAUGUUUUAAUAAAAAAAGAUCAAUUAAUUGAAUUUAUUCAACUUAUUUAUAAAAAUCCUCAUUAUCGUCAAGAAAGAACAGUAGUUUAUUUAGUUUAUAUUUUUUCAUCAUCAAAUGGAAUAAUUUAUGAUGAUGAUGAUGAUAAUCAUAAUGAUAAUAAUGAUAAUAAUAAAACCAAAGAUAAAGUAUUUACAAUUUAUAAAGUUAUUAAAAAUUUAUAUAAUCAAUAUUUUAAAAAUAAAAGAAUAGAAUCAAUUUUAUCAACUGUACUUGAAAAAAUAUUAGAACCAACUAUGAAGAGUAUUGUACCAAUAAAAGAAAAUCCAAUCAAUUUCAAUAGGUAUAAAUGGAUAAUUAAAAAAAUUAUUAAAUAUAAUGGUGAUGGUAGAAUUCCACAUCCCAACCAACCAAUGUAUAAUAUGAUAGUUGAUAGUGAAGAAUUUGUUGAUUUUAUAUUAGAAACAAAUGAUUUUUAUAAUAUUCCAAUCAAUAUCAAAGAUAUUUGUAACGAUUCAAAGUUUCUAUUCCUAUAUGAUUAUCAAUUUAAAUGUCCACUUGGAAUUUCAAAAACUUUUAAGACAUUUGAAUUGGCCAAUUAUUUUGAAAAGAAAUUAUAUAACAAAAAUCAAAUAACAUUUGAAAAAAAUAUUAUGAAAUCAUAUCAACUUUUAAUUUAUAGAAGUACUUUUUUUUUAUCAAUUUUAAAUUGUGAUAUAGAAUCAAUAAAAAAAAUUUUAAAUCAUUUUAAUAAUAAUAAUAAUAAUGAUGAUGAUCUCAUACUUUUUCAAAAUAAAUUUAAAAAUAUUAAAAUAUAUGAACUAUUAAAAAAUGUUAAUAGAAAUUUAGAUUAUAAAAUUUUUAAUGAUGAAAAUUCAAGAGAUUCACUUUUAAAUUAUUUAAAUUCAAUUAGUUUUAAAUUUUUUGAUUAUUUAUCAUUAAAAUUAUUUUUUAAUUUAUUACCUUUAUCAACAACAGCAACAACAACAACAACAACAACAACUUCAACAAUAACAAAGGAAAAUUUAAUAAUUUCAAAUGAUCACAAAAUUAAUUUUAUUUCAAAUAAAUUUUUAUAUACAGAUAAAUUAUUAAAUUCAAUAUUAUCAUUAGAUUUUAUAGUAACUAAACAAAUGUUAGAAGAUUAUGAAUUUAAUAUUUCAAUUGAAAGUGUUGAAAAGAUAUUAUUAAAAAAUAAAUCUAAUUACCCAAUUAUAGUAGAUAAUGAAUCAUUGGUGUCAUCAAAUAAUUUUAAAGAUAUUAAAGAAUUUAUUAAUUAUAUAUUAUUUAAACUUUUAAAACUUUUAAAUAAUAAUGUUAAUGAUUUAAAGAAAUUUCAAUUAUUAUUUCAAAAUCUUUAUAAACAUUUAAUUCAAUCAAAUGGAAUUUCAUCAUUAAAUGAUUUAAUUGAAAUUCAUGAAUUAUUUGAAAUCAAUGCUAUUAAUUAUUUAUCAUCAUCAUCUCAAUAUGAUCAUGCAUAUUACAUUUUUGUUUGGUCAAAAAUUAAAUAUUUUAAAAUUUCUUUUUUAAUAGGAAGGUAUUAUACUGAUAGUUUGGAAUUUAAAAUAUUUUUGUAUUUAAAUGAUUUAUCAUUUGAUAUUAUUCUACAAUCAAAUAGUUUUAAAGAAUUAGUUUAUAAAAUUUUCCCAAAAGAAAUUAAUAAUAAUAAUAUUGGAGAGCCCUAUAAUCAAGAUACUAUUGAAAUAAAUGAAAUAUACCUCCCUAGUCUAGCAAAAAUUGGAGAGGUUGAAUUGUUUUUAGAAUAUUCAUUAAUUGAACAAGAACCAAAUUCCUUUAAUAAUUUAUCAAUGUUUUUAUUAAAUUGUAAUAAAAUUAAAGAAUUUUUAAUGCUUUCAAAACCUGGAUUUGGAAUUAAUUGGUUUAUUCAAGAUGCUAUUAAUAAUAAAACAAUUGAAAUUAUUGAAUAUUUAUUUUCAAAUUUAUAUAAUGAAACAAUUGAAACAUUAAAAGACCACAACCUCUUUUUGAAAUUAUUUGAAACAAAAUUUUAUCAAUUCUUUAAAUUUCUUUUUGAAAAUCAUUUAGAAUUCAUUUUAAUUACUUUUAGAGAAAUUGAAAAAAGUCCUUCAAAUACUGCAAGAAUAAAUUUUAUAUUCAAUGGCCAAACAAAUAAUAUACAUCUAUGGGAUUUAUGUUUAAAGUAUGUACCCAACUAUUUUAAAAUUAAUGAUAGAUUGGUUGAAUUUGCAAUAUCAGAAGAUCUAGUUGAAAUUGUUCAAUAUUAUUUUGAAAUUGGUGUAAUUAAAUCAAGUGAUUUUUCACAAUAUUCAGUAGAAAUAUUAAAAACUGAUUUAAAUUAUAAAUAUUUACAAUGGGUAAUAAAUUUAGAAUAA